AUUUGUUGAUCGAACGUAUGUAAUCGAAAAAUAAAAAAAGUAAUAGUAGCGAAUUUUGUUGGAAAGUAUUUAUAAAUAAAUAAAAUAUAAUAUAAUAUAAACAGAACUAGUCAGAACUAGUUAUGUCAUUAUUGUAUAGAAGCACCGUUGCUUUCGCAGAUAAAUUUGUACCACCGAAACUGCAGCCCUUAUGGAAUCACCCAGCAGGUCCUAAAACAAUUUUCUUUUGGGCACCACUGUUUAAAUGGAGCUUGGUGAUGGCGGGCCUCAGCGACCUGGCGCGGCCGGCGGAGAAGCUCAGCGUGCCGCAGUCUGCCGCCCUGAGUGCCACGGGCGUCGUGUGGGCGCGCUACUCCAUGGUCAUCAUCCCCAAGAACUGGAGCCUGUUCAGCGUCAACUUGUUUGUGGCGCUCACGGGCUUAUACUCCCUGUCGCGAGCCGUCAACUAUCAAUACUUUGUUAAAGAUAAACUGCCAGCUCACGAAAAUUUGGCAGUUACUAAAUCAAGCUAAUAAAAGUACGUCAUCUGAAGAAUAAAAUAAAUUGUGAAAAUACUUUUUUUUUUGUUGUUUCCAAGGUUCCCAAUAAAUUUUUGAAAGAUAUUGAAUUAUAUUUCUUAGUUGUAACUUAAAGAUUCCAGAAUUUUAAACUGCAAGUGAAUAAAAGCUAAAAUUAAAAAAAAAAAAUAUGAAUCAGAAAAUCAUUUUAUUUAGUUAAAAUUUCAGUAGUUUUGAACCAAAACUCUUUAAUGUAUUUUUUUAAUUUUUUUCUUUAGUUUUAUUUUUAAAUUUGAUAAAUAUAAUAAAAUAAUUUUAAGUUUUCUGUUGAAUUUGACUUAUAAUAGCCAUAUAGAAUGUAACUUACUGUUAUGCUUUUACUGAAAUGGUUGUUACAGUCAUGUAGGCUAUGUUAUUUAUUAUAUUGAAUUUUUAUGAGAUUACUUGCACUUGAAUCUGAACUGUUUGUAGUAAUGAUGGGUUAGUUACCAUGUAUCUUUAAGAGUGAUCUUUUUUCAAGCACAUAUUUGUUUGAACAACCUGAGAUUAUUUACUUUGUUGGGCCUGUUGAUCAGGUUCUAGGAUGUAAUCAGUUGUGAUAUAUGUACAUGUUAUAAGGUUAUAACUGUGUUAUACUACAGUCAAAAUAUUUAUUGAAGUUAAAUAGACUUGACUUUGUUGGCUAAUGUAUUGUUGAAAAUAAAUGGGUUUUGAAAACUA